UCACGGUCAGAGGGUUUGUAGGUGCUGGCAGACGCAGUUCCGUUCAUCUCGCUCCGUCUGAGGUCCAUACAUACACUCCGCCACCCCGUGCCUUCCAACACCUGGAGUCCCACCAAAGCGCCGCAGAAAUGACCCAAGUUGCUUUCCAGAGCGGCGAGCUGCGUCUGUCCGUGGAGAGUUAAUUUUGUUUUUUUCCUACAUACCUGGAAAGGUGUCCGUCGAACUCUGCAGAAGGGGGCGCUGUCUUUGCCCGGGGCCUAGUCCAGCAGCCCAUGCCCAGAGGCGCUGCGCCGGCCACGCCCAUGUCCUCGGCCGUCGGCCCUGCCAAGCCCCCCGGUGCCAUGGGCCCCAAGGAGGUGGAGCUGAUCCUGGUGAAGGAGCAGAAUGGGGUGCAGUUCACCACCUCGGCCCUGGUCACCCCCGCCGGCCACACCCACCCGUCCGGGGAGCAGCGGGAAACCUGGAGCAAGAAGAUCGACUUUCUCCUGUCCGUGAUCGGCUUCGCCGUGGACCUGGCGAACGUCUGGAGGUUUCCUUACCUGUGCUACAAGAACGGUGGAGGUGCCUUCCUCGUCCCCUACCUCCUCUUCAUGGUGAUCGCAGGAAUGCCGUUGUUCUACAUGGAAUUAGCACUGGGCCAGUACAACCGGGAAGGAGCGGCCGGAGUGUGGAAAAUCUGCCCCGUCUUUAAAGGCGUGGGCUUCACCGUCAUCCUCAUCUCCCUCUACGUGGGCUUCUACUACAACGUGAUCAUCGCCUGGGCUCUCUUCUACCUGUUCUCUUCCUUCUCGGCCCAACUGCCCUGGGUCAACUGCAACAACACCUGGAACAGUGCCAACUGCUCGGGCCUGAACGCCACUCUGCUCAACGACUCGCACAAGACCACGCCGGCCUUGGAGUACUUCGAGCGCAGGGUCCUGCAUCUGCAGGACAGCAGUGGUAUCGAUGACCUGGGCCUCCCUCGCUGGCAGCUCACGUCCUGCCUGGCCGUGGUCAUCGUGGUCCUCUACUUCAGCCUCUGGAAGGGAGUGAAGACCUCGGGGAAGGUGGUGUGGAUCACGGCCACCAUGCCCUAUGUCGUUCUGACUGUACUCCUACUGCGAGGUGUCACCCUGCCUGGAGCCAUCGAUGGUAUUAAAGCUUACCUGAGUGUGGACUUCCUCCGACUGUGUGAUGCUCAGGUUUGGAUCGAGGCCGCCACACAGAUCUGCUUCUCUUUGGGAGUGGGGUUUGGUGUGCUAAUCGCCUUCUCCAGCUAUAACAAAUUUAGCAACAACUGCUACAGGGACGCCAUUAUCACCAGCUCAAUCAACUCCCUAACGAGCUUCUUCUCAGGUUUUGUCAUCUUCUCCUUCUUGGGCUACAUGUCUCAGAAACACAAUGUGGCCCUUGAUAAAGUAGCGACCGAUGGCCCUGGCCUGGUGUUUAUCAUUUACCCAGAGGCCAUAGCUACUCUGCCGGGCUCCUCCAUUUGGGCCGUCAUAUUCUUCAUUAUGCUGCUCACCCUGGGGAUUGACAGCGCGAUGGGUGGCAUGGAGUCUGUGAUCACAGGACUCAUUGAUGAAUUCAAGUUUCUGCACAAGCACAGAGAGCUGUUCACCCUCCUCAUCGUCGUCUCCACCUUCCUCAUCUCGCUAUUCUGCGUCACCAAUGGGGGUAUCUACGUCUUUACCUUGCUUGACCACUUUGCGGCCGGGACGUCGAUUCUCUUUGGAGUGCUGAUCGAAGCCAUCGGCAUCGCCUGGUUUUACGGAGUAGACCGCUUCAGCGAUGACAUCCAGGAGAUGAUUGGCCAGCGUCCGGGCUUUUACUGGCGACUGUGCUGGAAGUUUGUCAGCCCCUGCUUCUUGCUGUUCAUGGUGGUCGUCAGCUUUGCGACCUUUAACCCUCCGAAGUACGGCUCCUACGACUUCCCCGUGUGGGCCAACAUGGUCGGCUGGUGCCUGUCCCUGUCCUCCAUGAUUAUGGUGCCGAUUUAUGCCAUCUACAAGUUCUGCAUCCUUCCUGGCAGCUUCUGUGCCAAACUGGCAUACGCCAUCACUCCGGAGACAGAGCAUCACCUGGUUGAGCGGGGGGAGGUGCGUCAGUUCACGCUUCAUCACUGGCUCGUGGUCUGAGCUGUCGCGCCACUGUCGUGUCGAGCAAAAUGAGGAGGAUGCUCACGGGUGUGCGAAGUGCCGCCAGCCAAACCAAGCAUAAACCUAAUCGUUCCUUUCUUGCAUAAUUGAGCGUGUGGCUGUAACGUGACUUCGAUCACAACAUGGUUGGCGUUCUGUCCAUAUCGGUUUCAAUCUCAGUAUAAGAUGACUGUUACUGUUGCUGAUGUUGUAUCCCAAUGACUAUUUAUUGUUGACUGUUUUGUGAUUAGAAUACAACAGAUCCUUAUGUGAUUGAAGUGUCAAAGAAAAAAUAUUGAAAAAGUACCUAGAAAAACACAGGAAUGCUUCAUUUGUGCCAUGACAUAAUCUAUAUAUUCUCUUAGUGUUUACAAAAAGCAAAAUGAUGGCUAGUACAUUUGAACGCAUCCCACCGAGAUGUGUGCGCCUACACUUUCUGUGUGUGUCCUGUCUGCCGUACAAGAGGACACACACUUCCGUGUUGGCGUAAAGCCUGACUACCUGAGUCAUUGCAGUGUCUGCAAACCUCAGACGUUUAGAGCGAUGAAAACAAAAUUGUUAUAACAAAAUCAUGUUAAAUGUGUGUGGUUUUAAGUCUAUGACAGAUCUUCAGUAUAUAGAUAAUCUAUAGAGUUUAAACUAUAUAAUCUAUAGAGUUUAACUCUACACUUCCUACAAUUUGGAGUAGAUCAGGUGGAAUAUACACUAAAAAUCGCUUUUUGUUCAUCACAGAUACUUUGUUUCUUAACAGCUUUGAAAGGGCCAGGUUCAUAUAUUGUGAGUGACUACUGCAGUUUA